AUGACUGGACCGAAAAGCAUUGUCUGGCAGACUGGCACUCUGACUGUCCGGCUAGUCGUUGGACGCGACGAAAUUGUUCGCGUUGUGAGUAUUCUGCCUCAUGAUACACGGAUAGCGGAGCAGGAUUCCUUGUCCUCCAAGCAGGGCACUGUUCCUCUGUUCGGUGUCAGACUGAAUGGCGAGGGGAAUCCAUCGCACAAGUCUUCCAAGACGCUCAUUGGCAGUUAUGUCUCGAGCAGGCUGAAGUACCAAAGCCACCACGAGCACAGUAACGGCCAGUCAAUGUCUCUCGAUGUCAUUGCGUACGACGAGGUAUCACAGAUAUCCGUUACCGCUCGCCUGUCGGUAUAUCCGGGCAUUCCUGUGCUCCGUUCGACAGCUACCAUUUGCAACAAGUCCCAGGAAGAUAUUGUGGUAGAUCAACUGUCGUCGCUUAUUGUCGGUGCUUUGGGUAAAAAGCCGAUUAGCUGUUGGCUGGACUACACCUUGUCCACUCCGACCAACUCUUGGUUCAGAGAAGCGCAGUGGCGGGACGAGUCUCUUCCCAGUGUCGGGUUGGAUGAUAUCGGACUGUCCGAGCUGCCCGCCCAUCACGAGGCGUCAAUGGCACACCAUGCCAUUUCAAAUCGUGGAACCUUCUCAUCAGGAACCCACCUGCCAGUUGGAUUGCUGAAGAAGAAUGAUUCAAGCGAGACCUGGCUGUGGCAGAUUGAGACCAACGGGUCAUGGCGCUGGGAGCUUGGAGAUUUCCAGGAGAACGUUUAUUUGGCAUUAGGCGGCCCGACAAACAAGGAUCAUGGCUGGAAGCAUCGCCUGCCUCCUGGUCAAUCGUUCACCAGCAUACCGGUCGCGCUAUGCCACGUUUCGGCCCCGCCAGACAAUGCCUUCGCCGCCUUGACUGAGUACCGCCGACGCAUCCGGAGGCCUCACAAGGACAACGAGGACCUCGGUGUGAUUUUCAACGAUUACAUGAAUUGUCUAAUGGGCGACCCCACUGAAGAGAAAAUCAUCGCCCUCGUCGAUCCUGCUGUGAAGCUGGGUGCACAGUUCUUUGUCAUUGACUGCGGCUGGUAUGCGGACGACAGCGGCUGGUGGGACGACGUGGGUGUUUGGGAACCAUCGACUAAACGAUUUCCGAAGGGUCUGGAAUCCCUACUUGAUCAUAUUCGAAACAAAGGGCUCACGCCCGGACUGUGGAUUGAGCCGGAGGUGGUUGGCGUUCGCAGCGUGGUCGCGGAUAUGUUGCCGGCGGACGCUUUCUUCCAAGAGAAUGGCCGACGUAUUGUGGAGAAGGGCAGGUAUCAACUGGAUUAUCGACACCCUGACGUAAUUCAACGAAUGGACAAAGUGAUCGACAAUCUCGUCCUUGAAUACCGGGUCGGAUAUUUCAAAUUCGAUUACAACAUCGAAGUAGUCCAGGGCACAGAUAUAAACGCUUUCAGCCCCGCUGAUGGACAGCUCGGGCAUAACCGGGCCUACCUCGAAUGGGUUGGCAAACUGUACGACCGCUUCCCGGACCUGGUCAUUGAGAGCUGUUCUAGUGGAGGUCAACGCAUGGACUACGCCCUCCUAGCCGUCCACUCACUGCAGUCGACCAGCGACCAGCAAGAUCCACUGCGAUAUGCUGCCAUUGCAGCUUCCGCACCGACAGCAGUCGCGCCAGAACAGAGCGCCAGCUGGGCAUAUCCGCAGCCCGAUUGGGAUGAUGAGAAGAAUGCGAUGACAGUUAUUAAUAGUCUCCUCGGCCGUGUUCACCUGAGCGGCAGGAUUGACUUGCUGAGUUCGCAGCAAUUGGAUCUCGUCGCGAGCGGUAUGCUAGUCUAUAAGGAACUGCGUUCUGAUCUGACUAGCGGUCUCCCGUUCUGGCCGUUAGGUCUUCCUAAAUGGCACGACAGUUGGGUGGCACUGGGUAUUACAGCAACUAGUGGAGUCCGCUAUCUUGCCGUGUGGCGCCGAUCUGGCUCAAGUACUCUCUCUCUACCGAUUCCCACACUGAAAGGUCGCGAUGUUGAAGUCAAGCUUUUGUAUCCGGAAAGGUUUGAGGCACAUACGCGCUGGGAUUCAGACAAGGGCACUUUCUCGGUUCGUUUGCCAUUUGCUGCAUGCGCUCGCCUUUUCCGACUCGCGCCGAAGACGGAACUUUGA